GUUAGUAAGUUCAUAAGUUUCUUUAUCAUAUGCACUCUCUAUCGGUAAUAUAUACAUCUUUACAUUGCUUAUCAAUAGAAUACUUACUUCUAACUUGUGACGUAAUAUCGUUAUAACCUAUAUUUUCAUUUGGUGUCAUUAAAAAGAUAAACAUCAUGAAGGGGCCACCACAGAAAACAGAGGACAUGACCAUAAUGUUGGAGCGUCGUUUAUCUAGAGAUAGAGAACGUUUGAUAGGUAUGACCGAUGAAGAACGUGCAUGGCGUGCAAAGUUUUUAAAGGAUCAAAUAUUAGAUCCCUGUGAACCAGUAAUAUCACCAGAUUAUUAUAAAAAAAGAUAUAAUCCAAUUAGAAGAUUUUACAGAGCUCCUUUGGAUAAAGUUGAAAAUAUGUUGGUUCCUCUAAUGGGUUCUACUUGGGCUGAUGGAUUACGUCAUAUUACAGCAAAGAGUAUUAUGGGAAUCAUUUUUAUAUACUCUGCUUGUUAUUACUUUAAAUAUAAUGGACACGAUUGGACAAAAUCAGGAGGCUGGAGAACUUCAUUUUCACGUAUUAAACAGUUUCCUAGUGAUCCAGGUUUUCCCAGCACUGAGGUACGAUGCAAAGGUAAUGAAUUUGCACAAUAUGGAUUUGAUAAAUCACCCAUAUAAAAUAUGAAUACCAUUAGUGUAUAAUAUAGUUAUUUGAUAUAAUAAAUAAAUGGAGUGGUAGAAAGGAAAA